AGUCCUAUUCGAUGGACUGCUACUUCCGACAGAGCUGGAUCGACCGACGUCUUGCGUUUCGGGGUUCCAUGUCCUCCAUGACGCUCUCCAUAUCAAUGCUGGAGAAGAUAUGGAGACCUGAUACCUCCUUUCUCAACGGCAAGCAUUCCUACCUGCACACUAUCACUCAACCAAACAAGUUCGUUCGUCUGGCACAAGAUGGCACUGUACUCUACUCGUCCAGGCUCACAGUGAGUGCAAGCUGCCCAAUGAAUCUCCAGAAGUUUCCUAUGGAUACCCAAAAAUGCCCACUACGAAUCGGAAGCUCUGGCUACCCAGCGAGAGACGUCUUAUUUCGCUGGAAUCCCAAACGACGGGUGGUCAUCGCCAAGGAUAUGAAGUUGAAUCAGUUCGACCUCAUCAAGACGCCCACUGAUAACCAGAGUGAUUACUCGAGAAAAGAAGGUCCUUUCACAGUGCUGCUGGUGAACUUUCAAUUGAAGCGCCAUAUGGGAUAUUUCCUGAUUGAGGUGUACGCUCCUUGUACGCUGCUCGUCGUCCUCUCUUGGGUCUCAUUCUGGAUUAAUCGUGAAGCGACGGCCGACAGAAUUGCUCUAGGCGUGACCACCAUAUUGACCAUGACGUUCCUAGCACUGGAAAGUCGCAACGAUUUGCCCAAGGUGGCCUACUGCACUGCGCUAGACUUCUACGUCGCACUGGGGUUUGGUUUCGUCUUCGCAACCAUAGUAGAAUUUGCCAUCGUUCAUUACUUCACAAAGGUCGGCAGCGGAGAAUUCCACUACCCUCCCGUCAUGGACAGCGACUUCAAGAGGAGGUCCUCUUCCUCCACGGAGGAGGAUGACUCUUCGGGGGAGGACGUCCAACCGCAGCAACAGUUAAAAGCAACAGCAGGAUCUGUCGCAAGUCGGUCAGUUGCCUCAGCACUCAAGUGCCGAACUUUAAAUAGCAAUACUGUGUACUGCACGGAAAGUGAGAGAGCUACGACUACCCGUGCAUUCGACUCAACCAGCACCCGACGCCUUUCUCGGUCACCCGUCAUCGCCAACGAACCAUCGGAUGUGGUGCUCCCUCCUCCUCCGGCCGCACCAAAACACCGGAAGAAACGGUUGAAAAGAUCCAGGUCCUUAGAUCGGAGACGACGUUUGUCAAGUCAGAUCCAGGAACUGUGGAUCAACAGCGUCAGCCAAGUGGACCGAGUGUCGCGUGUGCUCUUCCCGCUUUCCUUCUUCGUUAUGAACCUGGUGUACUGGCUGACAUUCUUCAAGGAGGAAGAAGACAGCUGAUGACGAAGAGACAACGUACUGUGCUUCGCAGAAUGAACAGAAUAACGAAGAUGCAACGAAAACCAGGAACGUUACACGUGUGCGGGUUUAUUCGUGCGACAAGUACGUUGUUUCAUAUGCAGUGUGUACAUCCGGAACGCCGUAAUGUCGUUUUUUUUUUUCUGCCGCAUUUAUUACCAUUUUAUGAUGACAGGGUAUACCAUAUUGAUGUGUUCGAGCGAAAUCUAAACAAAAUAAGCGCAGACGACACUUUGCAGCUGUAACACAAAGUGAUCUUUGCACUUCCGCUAGUCAUCCACAAAAUAUUCGCAACAGCUUUCGCGGGGUUGCAGAAACGUCAUCUGCAAACGGAUGCAGAUGUGAGAUCGCGCCCAUGCCGGUCCUGUCGUGUACUACGAUUGGUCUUAGAGACACAGACAGGAAAGCACGACAUUCUUCCUGACGUCUUUCUAUGUUACGCCCUGCGUAUAGGAAGUACCCUAAAAAAUAUUUUUGCAUCCUGUACCGAUCGAUACACUGUGCCUGCAGACAUUGAGUCACGAGGGAAGAACUCGUGACGUCGCGGAAAGAGUUGUUACAGUCACAGAAGAGUUGCCAGUACUAUGCCGUCUGCCAUAUUAUUAUCACGAUUGCUCCCCCACUGUGACCACGGUUGCCAAUUUUCUCCCGUGCAACAUUUUCGCCACAACUUGCCACUGUGGCCCACGGUUGCAAGUACUGCAUGAAAAUUUUCCGUUUGUAGUAGACUUGAAAGAAAGAAAGUGAAAGGCACUAGCUUCGGGUUUACAGAUAAAAAGACAUUAAACCGUGAUAUUGCGCUCUCGUAGCAGACGACACGAACCAUAUACGGUGUCGUCUGCUCACCAGUAUGGGAUUGUGGGCGCACGGGUGUACAUGAAGAAGGAUAAGCGUUUUGUGAUUCUUUAACGCUUUCUGUUUCUGAGUUUACUGAAGGCAUCUAGUAAUCAAAUAGUACUGGCCAGUACUCGUAGUCGCGGAGGACAAGCAACAAAACGGACUCAGCUCUUCGUCACCAAACAAUUUUAGCUCUCUAUCAGGCCCAUUAAAGAGUAAUUGUCCAUGGUUAAAGUAAAUCGAAACUACUUUGUAAGCUGACUGUCUGGCAACCAUCGCAAAAAACAUCGACAGCUCUUGCCUUUCAUUCAUUCGUAAACGACUUGUACAUAGCUCAUUUAACUUUAUUCUCACAUCGCUCAUCUAAUGUUUCGCGUGUAAUAAGGUAGGGUACUGCUCUCCAGCGGUCAAGCACCCCUUGUCAUACGUCACGAUUUAUCUAUUGUUGUUGCCUCUCAUUUCGUGAUUGACAUCAUGCGAGACACGAAUCAAUAUCUUAAAUAUUUUCAGUGGUAAAAUAUUUUCCCUACGAGGUCUCCUUAAUUACCCAGAAUUCCUCUUAUUCAGGAUUCCUCUUAUCAGCCUCAGCAACCCUUCCUUUGAACGCCGUCCGUUGUAGAGCUUCCCCGGAGCAAACUUGGUCUUUGCGAUAAUGACUAAGGAAUAGGCUUCACAUAAUUUUCGGAGCCUCGGGCGGAACACGUCCAAUUAGAGACGGGAGGAAAAAAAAAACCUAAUGGGUAUCGACCCAUAAGUCUUGCCUAUUUAUACUCAACAAGCAGAAUUCUUGUUGUAGAGGGAUAAAAAGUACUAAGGCCCGUAAUAAAGGCCUAUUAUUAUUAUUAUUAUUAUUAUCCCUUUGGCAGACACAAAAAUAAAAGUGAAGUCAAUGCAUCCAAUAACAACAAAUAUCCCGGAAUGCCAUGAAUGUAGGUAUUUAGCAUUGUAACAAGCGGUUGUUGGGACCUUUACUGUUGUUGUACAGAAUCAGUUAUGUGUCGGUCGUGGAAAAAAUUUCUGUUGCUCCUUCACCUUAAAUGUGUUAUGUGCUGUAAUAUGAAAUGCAGAGCACAUAUUGUGUUACGGUGACAUCAGCGCACCACGUGUUAAAUGCAUGUUCCUAGAAGCAGAUGGAAGCCCGUUGUGCAGCUAUACGUCGUGCCAAGGUGCACAAAUUGUCCUCCAUGACGGCAAUAAUUUAGGCGGACCACUUACCGUGUCCGCAACCUCGUUGUAUGUUGUGUGGACCACAUUGUUUCAACUACAAGCACCAACACGUCUACAAAGUUAAGCGCCGUGCUCGAAGCAAAGCGCUUCAUGCACGUUCAUAUGCUGUGUAUGUGUGUGUGUGUGUAACAAUGCGUGCCGUGGGUAACAAUUUUGUUACGGCAAUUACAUUCAAUUAUCUCAGUGAAUGUGAACAUUGUACACGUUAAGGAUGGUGGAACGAGGGAUGUUGAUCAUCAAUACGAAACAGUGUUCGUACAGACGAAUGACCGCGCAUUUAAUUUUGUGCAGCAUUGCCCUAAUAGGUGGCACAAAUUCUUCGCUCAGUGCCGGCACUAGAGACACCAGAGCUAUGUCUAAAAACAAACAACCACGGUUCCCUUCAUCUGUGACAGGACGAACGAUGUAUCACCAUGUGCACGUGCACAUAGUAACGCUGCUCCCGUAGUGGGAUAUAAUGGUCGGUCGGUUCUUGUCAUAAUCCGGUCUUGUAGAACCGUGUGUACCGUAUCGCAGGCGAUUAAACGUGGCGUCAUGUUAGCGUUGUGUCCUAUAUAUGUUACAUCAAACUGCAAUCUAUCCCGGUAUUCGUCAACUAUUGUAUGUUGUGCCUCGGUCUACAUGUGUAGGCGCAUAGGCCUAUAUAGGUUGUGCGAAAAAAUCACGACGAUAAUGUUGGACCUCUAGCGAGGGGAUAUACAUACGUGUACGGACGCAAUAGAUAAGCCUAUAAGGUUGCUUUCGUUAACUGCAGAUACGAGAGAUUCACCGUAUGUCUUUCAGUGAAGCGAUAAAUCAUUGAAAAAAAGAAACGUGUUUCAAGACAAUUUCUUCGACUAUGCGUUUAAGGCGCAAACCUAUGCACCGGAGCGUUCCAGCGGCGUGUUUCAUCGCAGCGCAGAAGGCGCGAAAAAAUAAGCAGACAAAGCUAAAAACUGUAAUACCAUCUACGUCCUUAAAGACCGUGUCUUCGGGGCAGGGGGCCUAUACCGCACGCGUGGUAACAAACAACCCCGAGUGGCUAUACUUUGCUGUAAACGAUCAUUCUAAGAUGAAACCAGGUGAUUAUCUUUCAGAUGACUUUGUGGCAGACGAUGUUGUUGUGGAGGAGGAUUUCUUCGCUCAUGAAUUGACAGCCCUGUUAGUCUGUUGCA